UUCACUGUGCGCCCGGUACCUGUCGGUAUGUCCGUGUCGGCUACGCGGGAGCGUAGGGGCUCAGUUGGCGGUGCUUGGUCUCAGAGGCAAGGCAUGGGGGAAACACGGUCAGAAAAAUAGACCCGUCUAUGUAUUAAGAUACACUUUACCGAUGACUUUUUUCAUGCAAGGUGCUACGAUGAGCGAUCUCUGAGGCGUAUGGUGACUCGGUUGCCAAACGUUUCAGAAAGCCGGACGUGGCUGUGUGAUCAAACAUGCGCCUUGGCUGCAACUGGAUACGCUCUGUAAACGUCAGCGCCGACUUCACAAGAUCUUCCCCAAGCAGUGUUGACUCUGCCAGCCUAGUCAAUCAAGCCACGCCGCCCGAUAGCCACCCGAUACAGCUUGCCGGAACAGAAUCAAAACUACCUCUCCUUGCAGCUUCCAUCUCGAGAAAGAGCGUCAAUCCAUCUCGUCAGAGUAAUUUCCUUGCCUUCCACUUUGGAUUUGAGAGACUGCAGCAGCUGUGGCACCCGACUUUGACGACUUUUCUUAGCUGAGAAAUAACUUAGUUUGACCCGUGGUGACAACAAAAAUACUUGUAACAUGGAUACCAAUCAUACCGAUGGAAACUUUGAAGAGUACAUGGCUUACAUCCUCGAGAAGUUCAAGGACAAAGUGUACCCGCGCCCCUACGAGUACCUGAUCAUUGUCAUCUACGGCUUGGUGUUCCUACUGGCUAUUAUUGGCAAUACGCUGGUGUGCAUCGCUGUGCUGCGCAACGAACACAUGCGGACGGUGACCAACUACUACAUAGUAAACUUAGCCCUAGCCGACAUCUUGGUGUCUUUGGUUUGCCUUCCCUUCUCAGUAGUCGUCGACAUCUCAGAGACUUGGUUCUUCGGCGAUGUAUUGUGCUCCAUUAUCCCUUACAUACAGAACACUGCCGUGAGUGUGUCCAUCUUCACACUCACCAUGAUCGCGGUAGACCGCUACCUGGCCAUCUGCCGCCCCCUCAAGUUCCAGAUCUCGUCCCGGCGGACCGUCAUCACCGUGAUCGUCAUUUGGGUCGUGUCCCUGAUUACCAUGCUUCCUCACUCGCUCAGUAUGUCCACCAAGUCCAACCCUGUUAUGGCGUCCUUUCUGAAGCCCCUGUGGUUGACAAAAUGCCUCGAUGUCAAAUGGCAGGAUUCUCCAUGGCGGACGGUGUACACUGUAGUGACGAUGCUUUUCACAUAUUUGCUUCCGCUGUGUGUCAUUGGAGUCGCUUAUUGUAUGGUGUGUCUACGGCUUUGGUCUGGGAUCCCGUCAGAUGAAACAAGCCACAAGCCCACUAACAACAACCCCAGCUGGAACGGGAAGGGCAAGCGAGCCCCCCGCAGCAUGAACAAGAGCACGGAAGCGCAACUCGAGUCCCGCCGCAAGGUGGCGCGCAUGCUGAUCGUGGUGGUGGUUCUCUUUGCCGUCUGUUACCUUCCCGUACGCGUUAUAAACGUCUUGGAAGUUUUCGGACUGUUAAGUAGUAACAACAUUGACAUGCUUCUUCACGGAGAGAAGGUCACAUCGGCUUACCUCAUAGCGCACAUUAUGGCAUUUUUCAACAGCUCCAUCAACCCUAUUAUAUACAACUUCAUGAGUGCUAAGUUCCGCCAGGCUUUCAAGACGGCGUUCAGCUGCUGUCUGCCCGGUUCCCAGCGCCAAUCUCGCUACGCAGGACGCUACGGGUACAAGUGCCAGUCUUUUAUGAACAGCACGGCGGUCUCAGAUACGCGCAUGUCUAACACCAACACCGAGUGCAUCUCAAUGACAAACAGACCCAACUCUGUGCACAUACCAGAUGCUUAAUGGCAACAAAGCUAGGAGUAUCGAUCUAAUCUGCGCGACUCGAGCCAAUCACGAAUAUUCUCUAGCUCCAGGUGAUGUUUGGAUCGAGCUGGUUUAAUGAGCGUGACACACGCGAUCCUCGUCCAUUGUUUACUCCCUAUUACUGGAAAUGGCGGUUACUUCCAUUCGUCACCUGUGCUCAGGAUUGUAGUUUAAAUAUCAUUGACAGCAUUACUGAAACAGCGGUUGUUCCGAGUGUUUCAUAAACAGUCAUGCCAUAGGGACUGUGCGUGGCAGUCAUUUUCCGGUAAGAGGUUUGUUCCACAGGCAUACACUUUAAGUAGACCUUUUGUGCAAUCCCUGUGUAUUAACAAAACAGUUUCAUGUAAACCGGAAAGCUUGUGCCAUGCACAAUCUCUACGGGAUUGUCUUUAUCUCUUGUAUGCAUCGUUGAAUGUAGUACCAUAAAAACUGGUUCUAACGUGACGUCUUGUAAAAAUAUAAGAUUUGGGGCUAAUUAAGUAAUCAUGUUCAAUGAUAAUCAUCUGUUUGCCCCCGUGCAUUUCAUUCCAAGGCAUCGUUUCGUUUCCGGUCAAAGAUUUUGGAAUGAAAAAUUGCCCUCUGACUGGCUGAUUUUUCAGGGGCAAAAAUACCAUUAUUUGUUUGUCAUUUAUAGAUAAAUUCUGAAGCGACGGCAACGAGGAAACGCACAUGAUAUUUGGUAAAUAUAAAUUAGCAAGAGAUUACUCCAAAAAAUUCAAGAGAUAAAUGCAAGUUCCAAGCUUUCAUGUUCUCAACAAAAUGAAACGUGUUUUAAUACAGUCUUAAAUGAUGUUGGAGAACUAUAUUAGUUUUAUUAAAACCAAACAGAUAAUACUCGGCGUUGUGAGGUUUGUUUAGGCAAAUUACUGAGUGGCAUGAUGUAUCUUUAAAAUAGAAUGAGCACAUUCUGACUUUUGUCAAUCGACAGUAUUGAUGAAAGUUACCUAAAUGUUUCAUUAGUCUCCCGAGUAGUCGUCGUUAAUUCUGACUUCCCCGUAUUUGUAGAUUCUUGUGGAUGACGUAGACUGCAAGAAGAAUUUGAAAACACUCACCUUGCUCUCAGUUUCAAAUAAAGUGAAAUGCAUAGCCGCAUCCAUAUUUAAAAAUAACGAAAUGGGCUCUUUGUAUGAGAAAAUAAAAGUAGAACUAAAGCUGAGAAUGAGCUUAUUGGCGUCAGGUUUCUGAAAGAUGCAAAAAAACAGGUGCUGGUUCAAUCGCUGACGAAGUUAUGGUAAACAAAAACUACUCUUAUAGAACGAAUUUGGUGUCUCAUGCAUGCAUCUGUGUGCGAAACGUUCCAUAGUAUAAAGGACUGCAGAGCAGCAUGAGUGAUAGCACCUUGCUUGGUCACCUUUUCCAUUCCUGAAGGCUGAAUUAACUCUCAAACAAUUUUUUAUAUAUAAUAUUAUAUUUCCUUACUUACCGUCCCUUUAUGAAAACCUUGUAAAAAAUCCUUGUAAAAAUGCUUCAGAUAACUUUGCACGUGUGAAUGUAAUCGAUGUUUUAUCACAAAUCACUGUACAUAUUUCGGCACGAGUUAUAUUUAUCUUUAAUAAUAAUGAGAUGAUGGUGAUAGGAAAUAGCGAAGAGUAACUAUUUAUUUGAACAAAACUGCAAUGCCGUCUUAAGUGACCUCUCUGAAAACUGUCAAUUAAGAGAGUGGAUGUAAUACCUGUAUAGUUAAACAUACAAUGCACUGGUAGACUCUUGCAUUUCAAGCUACGUGUGGUGUUAACUCAAAUUCGGACACAAUGUGGAAGGCCUUGUACACAAGAUUGUCAUUUGAAAUUAUGCUCCCCAUAGUCAUUAUUUACUGCACAUCACAUUGAUUGGAAGAUGCCAGACUGUUCCGCAAUUGAAUAUGACUCAUACUGCUUUCCCAUUUUUUUUAUUUGGCAGGGCUAAUACGUGAUAGGAAUUUUAUAUAAUAAUUUAGAUUUUUUGACUGAACUGUUUACGUUGUAUCGUCUUCCUCCAGUUUAUUUUGAAUCUCCAAAUGUAUUUGGGGGCUUGGCAUCGCUUUCGAUCCAAGAUGGCCAACUCGUGAAGAAGGAAAAUAAUAUGGAGGUUUUAAAGUUGAUGCCCUCUCAUCUUCUCAUUGUGUGGAUAUUGAGACCUGUAUAGGGUUUGUUUUAAUGGUGGACAAAUUUAACAAGGUUUACAUUACUGUGAAGUCAUAUUUCUGGAAAACUAUUCCAACUUCUUGAAGCAAAAUAUUAAAAUUUCGAACAGUUCGGUACUUACGUUAUUCACAAUGUUUAGAGGUUUUCACACUUGUGACUCAAUUACAAUGCAGUUCAUUAAGUUGAAGUAUGGACUACGGUUUUUAACUAUUAUUUUUUUAUUCCUCGGGAAUUCUGGGUUUUACUGUUACUUUUGUUAUGAAAGUUCUUUUACAAAAGUGAAACUACAUUUUUUUGAGAUAACUGCAUGUUUUUAAUCAAUACUGUGUCAUAAUAAACACUAUCUCAAAGAUUUUACUUUAUUUAAUUAAAAUGGCGGUUACCGGUGAUGAAUUUUAGAAUACAAAUACUUGAAGCUUAGUUUUUCUAGUUUUUCUAAAUGAAACAUCUUAGAUACGUUUUGACAAAUUUUGGUUGACAGGAUAUAAGCACAUAAUGGAUUGGUUUAUCUUUGUGAUUAUGAGAGAACGAACGUUCUGUAAAUGGUUCUUAAUGGUAUGGUUGUAAACAAAUAAUGAAUGUUUGUGCUGCGGUGGUAAGAAUAAUUUCAUGAGGUGAGAGGGGAGAUUUUUCAUUCCACGAGGAGAAACCGAGUGAAUGAAACUAUUGUUUCAUACAAUAUCUGCAUAAAUCCUCUUUUGUUAGAACAAACA